AUGGCGGCUAUUGAGCCCAUGGUUGAUGUGGGUAUGUGGGUAAUGAAUUCAAAGCUCAUGGACAUGGCUGUCUUGCGUGAGAUAAUCUUGGGGACUAUAAAACACACGUUUUAUGAGCAUUUUGUCGCCGGAAAGGACUUGCCGGAGGUGGGUCAGACCAUCGUGAAACUCCGGGAAGCUGGGUUGAGAGGGAUAUUAAAUUAUGGCCUAGAACACGCCGGUGAUAACCAAUCGUGUGAUCAGAAUAUGGAAGAAAUCAUUCAAACAGUUGAAUCAACCAAAUCACUUCCCCCUUCUUCUGUAAGCUUUGUUGUGGUGAAGAUCACAGCAAUUUGCCCACCAAGACUGCUCAAGAGAGUAAGUGAUCAGCUGAGAUGGGAGUACAGAGACCAUUCUUACAAUCUUCCAUGGAAGCUCAACACUCUUCCGAUUUUCUCCGAUUCAAGUCCCUUUUACCACACACUCUCAAAACCAGACCCUCUGACCCCACAGGAAGAACUCAAUCUUCAAUUAGCCCACCAAAGACUAGUGAAAAUCAGCCAGAAAUGUGUCGAACACAAUGUCCCUUUACUAAUUGAUGCAGAGGACACAUCGAUUCAACCCGCGAUCGAUUACUUCACGUACUCUGCUGCAAUUUUGUUCAACAAAGACGAUAAUCCAAUAAUUUUCGGGACGAUACAAGCUUAUUUGAAAGAUGCAAAAGAGAGAUUGUUUCAAGCAGAGAAAGCAGCAGAGAAAAUGGGAGUUCCUAUGGGCUUUAAAUUGGUGAGAGGAGCUUAUAUGUCUAGUGAAAGACAGUUAGCUUCUGCUUUAGGAGUUGAGUCUCCUGUUCACAAUAGCAUUCAGCAGACUCAUGCAUGCUACAAUGACUGUGCCUCUAUCAUGCUCGAGAAGGUUGCUAAUGGCUCCGGGGCACUUGUUCUAGCAACCCAUAAUGUUGAAUCAGGGAAAUUGGCGGCAGCUAAAGCUAGAGAUUUGGGGAUGGGAAAGAACUACCAGAAGCUCCAAUUUGCUCAGCUAUAUGGAAUGGCAGACACACUUUCAUUUGGCUUGGUUAAUGCCGGUUUUCAAGUUAGCAAGUACUUGCCAUUUGGACCAGUAGAGCAGAUAAUUCCUUACCUUCUAAGGAGAGCUGAAGAGAACAGAGGGGUCUUGUCUACCUCAACUCUUGACAGACAACUUAUGAGGAAAGAGUUGUUGAGGAGAUUUAAAGCUACAAUUCGUUAAGGAGAAUUAGAAAGACAAAUAUCAAGUAUUUUCCACGACGAAGCUUUUGAUGAUAAAACGAUGUAAUUGUGUAUAAAUAAGGUAAAAUGAAAGAAGCUUCGAUCAUCGGUUGUAUAUAAUUGAUGUAAAGCAAUAUGAAUAUAACAAAUUCUCGCCAUAAUUGCUCGUUGAUCUUAAAAAAU